AAUACCCAAACAAUAAAUUGAGAAAUUUUAAAGAUUAGGUUCGACUCCCACUAGUGCUCUCUUUCUCUCUUGCGGCUAGGGUUUUUCUCUCUCCCCAUAUCCCUCAGAGACCCCAAAAGCAUCAACCUUUCAGAUCCAUUUCAAUCCUAUAUCUCGUAGCUUGUUCAUCCAUGGAGGUCUUGGUGAGGUAGGGUCUCUGCUGUAAAGAAUCUCAGGAAGGAAAUUUAGGGUUUUUGUGGGUGACGAAAUGGCGACCAUGAACCCCUUUGAUUUGUUGGGCGAUGAUGACGCCGAGGACCCAUCGCUGCUUGUGGCUGCUCAGCAGCAGAAGCUUGCUGCCGCACCCAAGAAAGCUCAGCCCACCAAACCUGGUGUCGACACCAAGCCCGCUAAGCUUCCUUCCAAGCCCGUAGCUCCUGCUCAGGCUGUGAGGGAAUCAAAGAAUGAAGGUGGCAGAGGAGGCCGUGGUGGUGGUGGACGUGGAUAUGGGCGUGGCCGCGGCGGCGGUGGCUACAAUCGUGAUUCAGCCAAUACUGAAAACAACAGUGGGUACAAUCGGGAACUAGUCUCUGCUGGUCAGGGUGCUUUUGAGGAUGCACAACCUAAAAGGCAUUUCUCUGGUGGAGAUGGUGAUGGAAGGCCGUCUGAAAGGCGUGGCUAUGGAGGAGAUGGAGAUGGGAGGACAACUGAAAGGCGUAGCUAUGGUGGUCCUCGUGGUGCUUACCAAGGUGGUCGCCGCGGUGGUUUUGGUAAUGGUGAAGUUGGUGAUGAGGAGCGCCUGAGGAGGAACUAUGAACGUCGUAGUGGGACUGGACGCGGAAAUGAACUCAAACGUGAAGGUUCUGGUCGUGGAAACUGGGGAUCACAAACUGAUGAAUUUCCUGAGGUGACUGAAGGAGUCGAUGCAACUGAAAAGAAUUUGGGUGAAGAGAAGCUUGUGGGGGAGGUUGAGGCAGCAGAUGGCAGCAAAGAGACCCCUGCUAAUGAACCUGAAGAAAAGGAACCUGAGGAGAAGGAAAUGACACUUGAAGAGUAUGAGAAGGUGCUUGAAGAGAAAAGGAAGGCCCUGCAGGCACUUAAGACUGAAGAAAGGAAGGUUGAUACUAAGGAAUUUGAAUCUCUGCAACAGAUUUCAAACAAGAAAGGGAAUGAUGAUGUCUUCAUUAAAUUGGGAUCUGACAAGGAUAAGAAGAAAGAAUCUGCUGAAAAGGAAGAAAAGGCAAAAAAGUCUGUCAGCAUCAAUGAGUUCUUGAAGCCAGCUGAAGGAGAAAGGUUCUCUUACCCAUCUCGUGGUGGCCGUGGCCGUGGUCGCGGUCCCAGAGGAGGGUCUAGCAGCAACUACCCACAAAGCAGCGUGAGAGCCCCACCAAUUGAAGAUCCUUCUCACUUCCCAACCUUGGGUGGCAAGUGAGAUGGUGAAGGGGAUCCCACCUACAGUCUCGAUGACAUUUGAGUUUUGGGUUCAUUUCUUUCAUCUGAAGCAGGAAACUAACUAGAAUAAUUGGAUUUCCUGUGUUAAUUUUUUGUUAGAAAAUUUUAUGACUUAAAUUGUAAAUUUCAGUCGGUCGGUUCAUAUGUUCCCCAUGUAGUUUGAUAUUUUUUUUUUGCCCCUUUAUGCUUGUUUUCUUGACAUUUGGGUCAUAUGAAAGGACUUAUUUGUUAGA